AUGAGCACCAUCCUCCAGAACGUCAAGACCGCCGUCGACGCCCUCGCCGCCAGCGCGGCCCCCCUCGACGACGCCGGCGCCCGCCCCCAGCCGCCCUACCUCUCCCGCGAGAUCACCGACAUCCAGGAGCGCCUCCUCCGCGGGCCCGGCUUCACCCCCGCCGACCUCCCCGCAUACAUCCACGCCGUGCGCAGCCUCAACGGCCCCGGCAUCGACGACCGCGAGUUCCUGCUCGAGAAGCUGCUCACCCUCAUGGCCCGCUCACCGGACGACUCCGCCUUCGCCAAGCAGGUCGAGCGCGCCGCGAUCCAACUAUUGUACAAAGACCUCCCGCACCCCCCGAGCGGGUACCUCACGCUCCCCAAGACACCCAGCGCCCCGCCGAGCGCGCCGAGCCCCACCGACGGGGCCAAGUAUGCCUUCCGCAGCGCGGACGGCGCGCACUACAACGUCCUCAUGCCCACGCUCGGCAUGGCGGGCACGCCCUACGCGCGCAGCGUCCCCUCGACCACCCCGCUCCCGCCGCAGUACCUCCCCGACCCCGGGCUCGUCUUCGACACGCUGCUCAAGCGCGACGAGUUCGUCGAGCACCCCGGGGGGUUCUCCGCGAUGUUCUUCGCGUUCGCGAACAUCGUUAUACAUAGCGUGUUCAACACGGACGCGAGGGACUGGACGAAGAACGCCGCGAGCAGCUACCUCGACCUGAGCCCGCUCUACGGGAGCGCCCAGGCGCAGGUCGACAGCGUCCGCCGCAAGGACGGCUCGGGUCGGCUGUGGGAGGACGUCUUCGCGGACGCGCGGCUCCUGUUCAUGCCGCCCUCGACGGCCGCGCUGCUCGUGCUCUUCUGCCGGAACCACAACUUCGUCGCCUCCCGGAUCCUCGCCGUCAACGAGCGCGCCACGUUCGCCGACCCGGCGAAGAUAAACCUGGAAGCGCGCGCGGCGCAGGACGAGGAGCUGUUCCAGCGCGCGCGCCUCGUGAACACCGCGUUCUUCAUGCAGGUCAUCCUCGGCGACUACGUCGGCGCGAUCCUCGGCCUCACGCGGGACGGCCUCGGCUGGCGGCUCAACCCGCUGGAGACGAUGCGGGGGAUGAACCAUGAGUUCGCACCGCAGGGCGAGGGCAAUAUGGUUUCGGCGGAGUUCAAUUUGAUGUAUCGCUGGCAUGCGACGAGUUCGGCGCAGGACACGGAGUGGGUCGACGCGCUCUUUAAGGGGAUGUUCGGUGGGAGGUCGGGCGGGGAGGUGUGUGGUUUGGUCGCGAUUUGGGUUACGGUGGACGAGUUCAAGACGGGUGCGGUCAAGCUGGUGAUGGGCGCACCGAAGGACGUGAAGGAGUGGUCGUUCAACGGACUCAAACGCGGUCAUGACGGUCGGUUCGCCGAUGAGGACCUCGCGAAGAUCCUGCUCGACGCGACGGAGUCUCCCGCGAGCGCGUUCAAGGCGCGCGGCAUCCCGGACGCGCUGCGCGUGAUCGAGAUCCUGGGGAUCAUGCAGUCGCGCAGCUGGGGCACAUGCUCGCUGAACGAGUUUAGAUCGUUCAUUGGGCUGCGGCCAUACAAGACCUUUGAGGAAUGGAACCCGGAUCCGAAGAUCUACAUGGCCGCUGAGAGCCUCUACCACCACAUCGACAAUCUCGAGCUCCAUGUGGGCCUCCAGGCGGAGGAGGCGAAGGUGCCGAUGCCCGGCUCGGGCCUCUGUCCCGGGUACACGAUCUCGAGGGCGAUCCUCGCGGACGCGGUGUGCUUGACGCGCGGGGACCGGUUCUUGACCGUCGACAUGACGCCGUUCAACUUGACGUCUUGGGGCUACCAGGACUGCAUGUACGACAAGCAGGACGGCUCGAUCGGCGGGAUCAUCAACAAGAUGCUCUUCCGCACCCUCCCGGACUACUACCCCGCCGCGUCGGCGUACGCACUCUUCCCGUUCAUCGUCCCGAAGCGCAUGAAGGGCUUCGUCAGCGCGCUGCCAGACUCGCCCGUCGCCAAGUACGACUGGACGCGGCCCGCAGGGCCGGCGCGCGCGCGUUCGCUCCCGUCGUCGGCGCAGCUGGUCCCUAACGGAAAUGGCGUCAACGGGUUGGCGAAGCCGGAGGGCAGGGUGCAGAGCUUGUUAGGAGGUGUUAUGCCGGACGUGGCAGCGGUCGACCGUGUAUUGUACAACGACGACGCGGUCGCCAAGCAGGCGUGGUCGAUCCGGACGUUGACGGAACAGCUGAUCGCGACGCGUUCGAUCGAGCACGUCGGGUCGAAGAACAAGUAUUUGAACGUCGUCAGAGACGUCAUCAACGUGCUCCCGGUGGCGUGGAUCGUCAACGACAUUGUUGGCCUACCUUUGAAGACGGAGGCGAAUCCGAAGGGAAUAUAUCGUCCUCAAGAAGUGGUCGAUAUGUUCCGCAGUGUCGCGAGUUAUGUUUACGAUGAGGCUCCUGCAUCGCGGAAAUUCGAAGUACACGAACAUGCUGUGCGCGCAGCAGCUCUCAUCAUGAGAUCUGCGAAGGAGAAUCUUUCCGACUCAAAUGGGCACUCCCUCAGCGGUUUCGCCGACAGCGCCAUACAAUCGGCGAUUGGCAGGAAUGAACGUGAACGGCCAUUCCUCCAGACGCUCUGGGCCGCUUCGCAGGGCAGCUCGCGCGAUGCUCUGGCCGCCGGUAUAUUCGCAGAGUUAGUCCCGACAGCCGUGCUGUUCUCGCGCGCCAUCUGCCAAGUCGUCGACUACUACCUGAGCGAUGAGCGGCGCGCGCGAUUCGUCGACGUCUUGUCGCGCUCGCAACGACCAGAUGCUGCGUUCGACGCGAUGAUUGCGGAGGCACUAGACGGCUUAUCUUUCCAGAAUGCAGCAUCUCUCAACCAUGGCCUCAUGCAUCCUAGUCUUUUCAUUCAAGCUGCCUUCCACAUACUGCAGCCCAUAUUUGCCCUUAUCAGUGUCCAGAGGGCUUCAGGGUUAUCAGGACAGCUCCAUAGAAUCAUGAAUGCUGGUGAUGGAGACAAGGUGCAAUACCUUGAUACCAAUGCUGAGAUCACAUCAUGGCCUGUCUCACUCAUCAUUGAGUUCAAGAUCUGUUGA